AUGGGCAGGCCGAGGGCUGAAUCUUCGAAGCCGGAGGAUCGAGUUCCGCUGCUGCGCACGCCAGGAGCAGGUGAUGGAGCGUCUCUUGCGCUUGAUAUGUCGCGAUCUGCUGUGUUUUCUUUGCAGAUAUCCGAUCUCGACUUAGCGAUUCUUGGUUUCUUUCGAAUAGGCUGGAUUGCCGAAGGCCAAGAAGACGUUCUUGAGCAAGAUAAUCAGCUUCAGCAAGAACAAGUUAGAAGUCCUAAAGCCAAAGUGCAGGCAAUUUCUUUCGAGGGCUCCCUUGAUUAUUGUGCUGAACAGAUUCGUGCAAUUCAUUUACAUGAAAGAGUAGAUCCUGUGAAUGCGUUGGACUUUCGUGGUCUCUACUCAGACUUUAGGCCAGAGCAAGUUCUUGAUAGGCAAGACACAAAUGAGGAAGAAUGCCUCCUUGCAGCUAUUGAAGAGGUGGCUGACGAGGAACAUGCAUGUUUCUCUGAAUUUUCUAGUAGCCACAAAGCAUUUAAGGAGUUGAUAAAGAAAGUAAAGAGCUGGAAGAAAAAAUGCAGAUUGAUCCCCGUAUUAACUGAGAGGUUAGUAGCAGCUAUCUGGUUAUGCUCGCACAUGGCGGACUAUGAAGAGGUUAUACCUGGACUUGGAGAAAAUGACAGUGUGACAGAUCACAGGCUCUAG